CGCUGGAGUCCGACCUGACCUGGCAUCAUCCAUCGUCUUCUUCCUCUGUCUCUCCCACCAGCCCAGCUUUCCCCUUCCUUCCUUGCGCACCAAUCCAUCUGUCGGCCGAUCGAUUCGCCGCCCCCCAGCCUCGGUUUCCCCGGCGGCCACGCAAUCCAGAUCGCCGCCCGCCGCGCCGCUCAAGUGAAGGGCCAGGCUCCUCUGUUCCCUUCUCCCCACCUCAGCUCAGACUAUGCGAUUUCUUCUAGCACCUGCGUCGUUGGAUGGAUGAUGUUUACGGUAGAAUAGAGGUCUUCCCGCAGCACUUCACGCCCAACAAAGACCCCAUGGACGCUGCCGAAGGUCUGUCCACAAGUAAGAGCAACAUGGAUCCUUCACCAAGUCCGCGUAGGCGUUCUUGGACCCCGAAACGAGUCAAGGGACCUGCGUCGCUUCUGCAACUCUUGUCUAUUCCUCGCAUUAGGUGGUCUUCCAGCAACGAGGAUGACGACAAGAUCGAGUUGACCAGAGCUGAAGUAGAAUCAUUACGAAGUGAAAUCGCCGAUGCCGAUGAUAGAGAGUCCCAGUUAAAAGCCCGGUUAGAGAAUAUCGACGAAGUCUUGAGAUAUGCGCGCCUUUCUGGGUACCUCCAUAUUAGAAGUAGAUGGACUCAACUUCCUGGGGAGCCGCCUAUCAUAGACGAUGCCGAUGUGGAUGACUGGCUUCCCCGCUUUGUUGUCCUACAAGGACAGUGUUUAUACUACUAUCUGAAGUCUACAGACCUGAGCCCGCAGGAAUCGACGCUGCUGCGCGACGUGGUGGAGGUAGGUCAGCUCCCCAACUUUGUGCCGGAGGACGGGAAAACGAGAUACGCCUUCUUCAUACUGACCCGGCAGGGCCUGAGGUUCGAGUGCUCGAGCAGCUGUGAGAUACAGGUGGAUUCGUGGGUAAGGGCCGUAAGAAGCGACUGCAAACUGGCAGAGGCAGGUGCCGAGGCGAAGAGCAAGACGAGCGGUGGAUGGUAUGAUGUUGGAGUGGGGGUGACGUCUUCAUUGAAGAGUACGCCUAUCACCUUGGAAUUGCAUUGGAAAGUGUACAAGGAUAAAGUAGAGCAAUCGCAAGACAACUCGCUUGAAUUAUUUGCCACCAAGGUUGAGCCACCCAUCACUAGCAACAAAUUUCUCCCUCCCACUCUCUCUCACAACUCACAAGCAAGCAAGGAAGAAAGGUUCUCCUCAGGCCGCCAGGAUGAGCUCCUCCAGUCCUCCUCCUCCUCCAAGCUCUUCCACUCCGCCUGCAAGGCCGCCAGGUCCUUCCUCGCCUCCUCCCCCGCCUCCGCCUCCGCCCCGCGCGCCGCCUCCUCCGUCCUCGCAGACGGGAGGAACGCCGCGCUCGCCACCCUCGCCAACCUCGGCCGGAACUCCACCCUCCCCGCCGCAUACGCCCACCACACCAACGCCGCCGCCUCCUCCCACGGCUACGCAUGGAUCGCCGCCAUCCCCGCCGCCGUGUACAUGCUCCAGGAUCAGGAGGUGCAUGCCGCCGAGAUGGAACGCACCUUCAUCGCCAUCAAGCCUGACGGCGUCCAGAGAGGCCUCAUUUCUGAGAUAGUGUCCCGAUUCGAGAGAAAAGGGUACAAGCUUGUUGCCAUCAAGCUGGUGGUUCCAUCCAAGCAGUUUGCCGAGAAGCACUACCAUGAUCUCAAGGAAAGACCUUUCUUCAGUGGACUGUGCGACUUCCUCAGCUCCGGUCCCGUGCUUGCCAUGGUAUGGGAAGGAGAGGGCGUUAUCAAGUACGGGAGGAAGCUGAUCGGUGCCACGGACCCAUCGAAAUCUGAGCCAGGAACCAUCAGGGGUGACCUUGCUGUUGUUGUUGGGAGAAACAUCAUCCACGGGAGCGAUGGCCCGGAGACGGCCAAGGACGAGAUCGCACUCUGGUUCCAGCCCAAGGAGCUGGUCUCUUACACCAGCAACGAGGAGAAGUGGAUCUACGGUGUGAACUAAGCGCUGCAUCGUCUUCAGAAGAGCCAAAGAAGCUCCAGUCCCUUUCCGUAAUCGCCUCUAGACCAUGGCAGAGUGCAAUAACACCGCGACCCGGGCGACCUUUCAGUCGGUGUCGCCCUUGCCCUUGUCUUGUUCUGAUGCAAUAAGGCCCGAAGAAAUCUAAAGAGUUUGUUUGUACCUUUGAAUAUUAUAGAGCGUGCACCGAGCAAUCGUGAUGUUCAAAUCAAACCGUCGCCUUCAGGCGCUUGAUUUUGAUGGAUGUUUGUUUGUUUUCAUGUGUCCUCCAAUUCAGGCCUACAUUCUCUGCA